UUGAUAAAUGAGGGGUUUUUUUUUUCAGAUUGCUAGGUACGAUAGAAUAACCCAAACUGUUAAUUUCUACACACACUGAAAUUCAGUGGGAGAGAGCAUAGGAAAAGGCGUGGUUUAGGACCCAGAAAGCCUCGUCAGGCGGUACUUGUGCAGAUCACUGGGAGACUCUAAAAGGGUCCAGUUUUAAUUCUGCCUCUAAUCUCUGCAAGAGCCGCGCUUCUCUCGCCGGCUCAAGGUUGGGUUGAUCCUCACCGUGGCUCUGGAUUUUCGCUCGCUGUUCCCGCCAGAAACUAUGUCGCCGGUUCCUUUGCCAUGGAAGCCGUACGAGAAAAAGUGAUUUCCGAUGCUCGAGCCUGAGAUCGCGGCAUAAAGGACGGGGGUACAAAAAUGAAGACGUUGAUGCGCCAUGGGUUGGCUGUGUCUUUAGCGCUCACCACCAUGUGCACGAGCGUGCUGCUUAUGUACGGCAGCAUCGGGAGCGGAGGCGGCGGCGGCAGCAGCGCUGGCAAUGACGGUACCGGCGGCAGAAGGGCCUUGAAAGAGCAAGUCCAGCAGCAGCAGAAGCAGCAACAGGUGGCGGCGAUCACCCCCUUUCAGAAGCCGGAGAGCCAGCGGCGCUUGGGCACUGCCUCCCCGCCACCCUUUCCCGGCCUCGCCGACCGUCCUUUGGAAGGCUACAUCAGCGUCCUGGAUCACAAGCCUUUGAAAAUGCAUUGCACAAGCUGUGCUCUAGUCACAAGCUCUGGACACCUUUUGCGAAGCCAUCAAGGGAAGAAGAUCGAUCAGACAGAGUGUGUAAUACGAAUGAAUGAUGCACCUACUCGGGGAUUUGGAAAAGAUGUCGGAAACAAGACAACCUUGCGAGUUAUAGCUCAUUCCAGUAUCCAGAGAAUUUUGCGAAAUCGCAAUGAACUAUUAAAUAUGAGUCAUGGGACAGUAUUUAUCUUCUGGGGUCCAAGUACAUACAUGAGAAGAGAUGGAAAAGGAUUAAUUUAUAAUAAUCUACAACUGAUGAAUCAAAUACUACCUCAGUUAAAAGUGUAUAUGAUAUCUCGACAGAAAAUGCUUCAUUUUGAUGACCUCUUCAAACAGGAAACUGGGAAAGACAGGAAGAUAUCCAACACUUGGUUAAGCACUGGAUGGUUUACAAUGAGUAUUGCAUUAGAGCUGUGUGACAAAAUAGACGUCUAUGGAAUGGUGCCACCAGAUUUCUGCAGGGAUUCUAAUCAUCCUUCAGUACCUUAUCAUUAUUAUGAACCAAUGGGACCCGAUGAGUGUACAAUGUACAUUUCACAUGAACGGGGAAGGAAGGGAAGUCAUCAUCGCUUUAUCACAGAGAAACGAGUCUUUGAGAAUUGGGCCCGGACUUUCAAUAUUCACUUUUUUCAGCCAGACUGGAAACCAGAAGCACUUCCCGUCAAUCAUGCAAAGAUUAAACUAGUAUUCUGAGGAAUGAAUGCAUAAGGCUGCAAUCACAAUCACCGACUGUAUCAGGUUUCUGAGGAUUGAACGUCAUAUCGCGGCAAGGCAAGCUGAAAGAAGUAAGGUUAACAGGGUUUGUGGAUUUUAAAAAAAGAAACCCUGCUACAAUAUUCAGGAAGUGGUUAUGAAAGAAUACCAAAAAAAAAAAAGAUGCUUGGUAUUCAGUAUUUGAUUAAGCAAAUAUUUUCACUUCUAUCUAUUGCAUAUGUAUAUGUGAUUUGUUAAAAAAGAAAGAAGACAACACCUUUGAUAUUAAUGAGCAUAAUUUAGGAGAUGUGUGAUUCAUUAUGUUUUUAAGGCACAUUGCCAUUGGGUUUUCAUAGUGACAUUUAACAGUUAGUGGAAGUUUUUAAUGCAAUCCAGUAUUUUUCUAUUUCACAAUGAUACGGUUAUUUAUCUUUCAUAAUCGCUCAAAAACUGAGGAUUUAUAUUGCUGCUGGUUUAAUGCCCAGCUUCUUGUUUAUAUAUUUUCUCUUUGAACUAUAGGAGAAUUCUAUCUGGCAUGUAAUUAACAUUUGAUCUGGAAGUUCUGUGGUUUUUUUUUUAAAUGUUGUAUUCUUAGGCAGUGUUCCAGCAUCAAACCAUUUUGAGAGCAAGCACAUCUUGAUGGGGAGCUCCAGCUGAGAGUGGUGGUUACAGCUAUAAUAUGUGACAUUAGGUGUACAAUUAAGAGUUAGUUAUAAGGAGACUUUCCUUAGCUAUUUUUGGUCCUUUGGUAUUGCUAAAAAAUAACCUGGCAGCCCUAAUUUUAUUUGAUCCAAAAAUAUUUUCAGCAAAUCUAAAUCUCAGAAGCAUCUUAGAAUGGGGUCUCCCACACACCUUUUGAGCUACUUAAAUCCUUCAAAACUAUAUUAAGAAAUGUUUGGAUUAGAUGGAUGAGGAGUAUUUACAUAGAAAUCUAUUCAUUUCACUGGACUUUAUCUCCAAGUAGAUGUAAAUAGAGAGGUAGGAUUAAAUGCAAUUAUUUGAGGCUGACGUGGAAGGGGAGGAUUGGAUUGCAGUGGAACCAGCCAAGGCUGACUGAUGAAAAUGGCAAAACCCAGUCAUUUGUAUAUAUUGGUUUAGGGAUGUGGAGCGAGAGCAGGCCAAUUGGAAAGAAGGUUGUGACCAUACAUGAACAUCCUGUUAAGUUUUAUGGAGAAGGAAACAGACCUUCUGUUCUGAAGUGCAAUGAAUUACAUGGAUGUAAUGUUGGUCCUGACAUAAUGUUAAAAUAUGCUGGUUUCUUUAAGAUGCCUUGGCUCUAUACAGAUCUAGCAAAUGAUUUUGGAUAGGCCUAAAUAGUUCUGUAAAUGGAUCCUCACUCAUUUUGUUCCUUCAUUUGUUCCUACCUUGUGAAUAAAAAGCAUUUCAUUCAGUGUUAUUUGACCUUGCACAUGACAGAUCAUUGAAGUCAAGUAACUUCUUCAAGCUGUCAACAAUUAAUUGGCCACUUGCACACUUCCGUACACUAUUACUUCACAUAGUAAAAUUAUUCCAUGUUUUGAUAAGAGUUGUCAUCAAAAGCUGGAUUCAUUUUAAGGUGUUAUGCAUGAGGGGCAAAUAUACAGGAAGAGGGAUUUGGAGGGAUGUGAGUUUUAUCAGUUUGAGAAUUUAUAAAAAACUGUGUUGUUGUGCUUGUUUUCAAGCUAUAGAAAAAAGAAUAAAUUCCCAAGCGAAACAUUGAUUGAGUUGUGAGAGGAAAAACAACUCAGUCAUUUCCUUCUUUUUAUUAUGGUGGAAAUAUUUCUCACAAUUACAUCUGUUCUUUACUAUUGAAUAAAAUAUUAUGAAUUGAUAAGAAACUGCAUAAUUUUACUAACACCUCAUGUUUCUUUCCAAACACCAAUAGCUCAUCUCAAAGAAUAGGUAACCUCAGAUUGUCAUACAUUAAAGGGAAAAUAGGUUGUACAUUGAGUUUCUUGCACCAUUUAAUCUACACAUUUCAUGAAAUCUGAUGUAUAAAUAAUUAAAUUCAGACUGCAAUGAUUAUCCACAUUUCUUGAGCAUGUGUCCUUUAGGGCUUGAGCUACAGACGUUGGGAUUACCCUCAUUGGGAGAAUGUUCGCUAUUCGAUCAUUACAUACAAAGUAUUGUAUUGUUGAAAGUUAAAAAGGCCCGUCCUAUGACCUAUCUAGAAAAUAUGACUGUUACAUAGUCCCUGAUAAUUUCCAAUUGUUAUUCACUAUUCUAUUCCAUUUUUCAGCAAUAUUAAAAUAAUGGCUGUUAUCUGUGACUGCACCAGAAAGCUCCUCCUUGAAAAGUAAUAACCACACUGAGCCACAGAUUUGUCAAAAGUUGCAAAUGGGAGAAUAUCUCAUAUUCAGGUUUCAGAUCAAAAGGAUUGGAAGAAUUACACUCUUGAAAGAGAAAUUCUUGUAUGCAAUCCUGCUGCAAAAAUAGGGAGAUGAAUCACAGUUCUUCUAUUUAUUUGCAUCUCUUUGGAGUCUCUUUCAGUCCUAUAUGAUCCCUUUGUGAGUCAGGGCAUAUUUAUUUUUUGUAUAAGGCCCAGAUAAUAAUGUGGGAAUCCUGCGAUAAGGAUUUUCAGUACAGCUUGCUUUAUCAGGGAACAGGCUUAACACAAUUGAAAAAUGGCAUGUUAGGACAGCAUGUAUUGAUGGCUCGAAGGGAAAAAAGGCAACUUACAUUGAAAGCAGGAUUAUUAUGUUUUUUAUCCUUGCAAGAAAAAUUGAGAUUUGUAUUGGGAGGGUAGGAGGCACCAAUGGUGCUAAGCAUGCAUUCCUACAAUGCCAAUUUUUUUUAU